AUGGCGGAAUCUAUUACACCCCCUCUCCGUUUUGGAGUUGUCUUAUUUCCCGGUUUCCAAGCUCUCGAUGCAUUCGGUCCUUUAGACUGUAUCAAUGUUCUCUCAUGGUCGGAAAACAUCUCUCUAUCUCUACUGGCAUCGUCCCUUGAUCCAGUGACAACCAAACCCCCCACCUUACCGGGUGCAGUCGGUCAAAGCGUCGUGCCCACCCACACAUUUGGCACAGCACCGCCUCUCGACGUCCUUCUCAUUCCUGGCGGCUUGGGAACAAUGGGAGACAGUCCAAUUCUCCAAGAGAUCAUUACUUUUAUCCAAAGGGUCUAUCCACGGUUGAAGCAUCUGAUCACCGUGUGUACUGGCUCCGGGUUAGCCGCUCAAGCUGGCGUGUUGGAUGGUAAACGUGCAACCAGUAACAAGAAGGUCUUCCAGGAGAUUAUUUCAUUGAGGCCUCAGGUUCAAUGGGUCUAUCAUGCGAGAUGGGUCACGGAUGGAAACAUAUGGACUUCGUCCGGGGUGAGCGCUGGUAUUGAUGCCACCCUGGCUUGGAUUGAGGAGGUGUAUGGAAAAGAGAAAGCGCAAGACAUUGCGAAUGAGAUAGAGUACUGUCGGCAUGAAAAUGCAAGUCGUGAUCCAUUUGCCGGUUUGCAUGCAAUCUAA